CUGCGUUUAUAAAUUUAACUAUUGAAUCAGCCAAACAGCCUAAAACUAUUGCCCAUGACACUAUUCAGAAGGCAGAUAUUAAUGAUAUUGCACAUGUUGAGAUCGAUUGCCUUGAUAUGGAGGACUAUAUUGAGUAUGAGAUCAAAGAGAUAAUAUUUAAUGAGUUCGACAUCAUCAAUGCAGUAUAUCAGGCAUAUUUGCUUGUAAAUGUAGAUAUAACUUCAGACAUGAUAUCCAAAGAUGUUGCUGCUCUUAUUGUCAUUGAAAUAGAAGGUGGUGAUGAUUAUUCAUGGAAUUUUCAUCGCUCUGAAAUAUCCAAAAAAUUUGGUGACAAGGUUAGAAAAAUCAUAGUGAAAAUUGAUAUAGAUCUUGAUAUCUCAGUAGUAGACAUUUACCAUGAGAUUCUUCAUCUGCAUUCAGAUCUUUGUUCUGAAAUGCCUAUUAAAUUACGAGAGGAAAUUGAAUCUACUGCAAUUGCAUUUACUACCUCUCUAUUAAAUGAAAUUAGUAAUCACAAUAUUAAUAUUAGUGAAAUUUAUGUAGAUAUAACAUAUAGAACUGCAAGAGGGCGUUAUGAGUUGUAUUGCAUAAUAGCAGAUGUAGACAGAACUGAAUUUCCAAUAGCUUAUCUUGUAUUAGAUAUAACAAGAAAAAUUGAAUCAAAUAUAGAUAAGCGUAGUAAAAUCUUAAAAAAAUUUUUCGAGGCAGUAAAAGCAUAUAAUAUUAACUCACAGUUCGUAUUUACGGACAAAGAUUUUGCAGAAAUUAAUGCUACAACAGAGAAAAUUGUAAAUCUACCUAAUGGAGAUCAUCAAUGGUUGAUUAGAAGUGACUUUGAACAUUACACAAUACCACCAUUUCUUAAGAUAAAAGGGUCUGAAACUAUAGUUAACACCUUGCCCAUAUCACCUACAAUACUGAUCAAAACUCAUGAUUUUGAUAAUACACCUCAUGAAAUUCCUGAAGAGGAUGCUCGCAUCUUUGUUAUGGAGUGUAGUAAAUUAUUGGAAAUAGAGAAAGAAGUACAAGUAGUAGAACAAAAAAGGCAUCGACAAAAAACAUGA